UAUAAAUCACAGGAUGGAUUGAUAGCUCCACGUUAAAGACAGAUAUAUAAAGGAGAAAACAAGAGGUGUGUUUUCUCUCUAAGAGAAGACAAGGUUGAAGCACUAAGUAUUCCACCAUGACGGUCUCCUACACGCUCAAGGUGGCCAAUGCUAAGUUUGGAGGCUUCACAAAGUUACUCUUCCGAUGGAAAGGAAGCAUUUACAAGCUUCUAUACAGAGAGUUCCUGGUCUUCUGUUUACUGUACGGCUUCAUCAGUAUUCUAUACAGGUGUGUCCUCAAUAACGAACAACAAGAGGUGUUUGAGCGACUAGCACGCCAUUGCAACAAGUUUGCUAAACUCAUCCCUAUGUCAUUUGUUCUUGGGUUCUAUGUCACCCAGGCGUUUCAGCGUUGGUGGGGUCAGUAUACAAGCUUUCCCCUGCCAGAUAACCUGAUGAUGGUCGUAUCUGGAAAUGUCCAUGGCACAGAUGAAAGAGGCCGUCUUCUGAGGAGAACUCUGAUGAGAUAUGCAAACCUGUCAUCUGUCCUCAUCCUGCGCUCCAUCAGUACACGAGUACGCAAGAGAUUCCCAGCUCUGGAGGACAUUGUGGAGGCAGGAUUCAUGACCACAGACGAGCUUAAAAAACUAAACCAUCUGUACUCUGACUUCAACAAAUACUGGAUGCCACUUGCAUGGUUUGCAAAUCUGGCUUCACAAGCGAGGAAAGAAGGGCGUGUGAAAGAUGACAUAGCUUUGCGACUGCUCAUGGAUGAGCUGAAUAACUAUAGAUCAAAAUGCAGCAUGCUCUUCCACUAUGACUGGAUCAGCAUUCCCUUGGUGUACACACAGGUAGUGACUGUGGCUGUGUACUCCUUUUUUAUGUUCUGCCUAAUUGGGAGGCAGUUUGUAAAACCCGAAAAACCUGAUGAAGACAAAAUUCAUCUGGAUCUUUAUGUCCCCAUUUUCACUCUACUUGAGUUCUUCUUUUACGCUGGUUGGUUAAAGGUAGGGGAACUUAUUAUCAACCCAUUCGGAGAAGAUGACGAUGAUUUUGAGACCAACCAACUCAUAGAUCGCAACAUUCAGGUUUCCAUGCUAGCUGUUGAUGACAUGCAUCAAAAUCUUCCUCUCCUUGAGAAGGACAAAUACUGGGUGGAUAAGGGUCUUUCAUAUCCUUCAGCUACUAUGAAGCCUGUCUUCAUGGGUUCCACACAUGACAUGAGGAUACUUGAGGAUGAUGACGAGGAACAUUUACCAACCCCCAAGACUCAAAUGCUUGCCAUCAACGUGUGGCCGACUACACACAAAAUAAAAAAGCAGAAGAACAAGAGCAUGCAACAGUUAUGUCUUUGCUGCAGAUCUAAAUGUAAGGGCGAGAGCUCGAGGCUUGAACAGUCAUCCAAGAGCAGCGUCCCAUCACCGCUGCAGCAACAACACAUGGCUAUUCAACACGUCUGCCAUGAUAAACUCUUGGGGUCACCUGAAACUACGGAACAAGCAAACCAAGAGCCAUAGAUAAAUGUAACUCCCCAGUCAGGGUUUGCUUUACUAUUUUUUUUAGGGACAGUCAAGGAUGAGAGGAUACUUUCUGCAAUAUUUGAACCCUCAUCACUGCUUACGCUUUCAAAAUUGUUUUAUUCAUUAAAGAUGCAUCAAAUUGUUCAUGUGACACCUUUAUUUUAAAGUGUCCUUGUUUUGUGCAUUUAUAGAUUUUUAGUAUGGAGUAAAAUUAACGAAACAACUUACUAUCUGGUUAGGAUUAGGGUUUUAUGCAUAAUUUAUUUCUUAUAAUAGUAAGUACUUGUUACAUGCAACAAGGACACCUUAAAAUAGUUACCAAUAAAUUGAGAAUUUUUAAUGUUGUUCUUUUAAAGAAUCUUGAAAAAAAAAAAAACAUCAAUGUUUCCACAAAAAUAAAGACCUGCAAAACUGUUGACAUUAUAGAUAAGAAAUGUUCCUUGAGCAGGAAAUCAGCAUAUUAGAAUGAUUUCUAUAUAUAUUGUGAAGACUGAGGAAUGAUAGCUAAAUAAUCAGUUUUUCUGUCAGGAAAACGAAAUAUUUUUUUCCUUUCAGUUAAGUUUACUUUCAAGUUAACUAAAUAAAGGUAAAUAGUAUACUUGACUCAUCCAGCAAAGAAUGAACAACAUUAAUCUGUUCAUUUGCAAAUAUACUCUUGUUCCAUUUACCUCAUUAGUUUACACAGCUUCAAAUGUUAAAACACAAGUUGAUAUUAAACUAUAGAAUGCUGUUAUUGAUUUAAUCAUACUUGAUAACCAAUUCCUUCAAACCACAUAAACCAAAGACUAUAGAUACUCUGUAGUUAUAACAGAGUUUUGGGGAUUUUCAUUUAUUUUGAAGCCAUUACUUUCCAUGGUUUACCCUUCAAAAUAAAACCUGUAAAAUAAUACAUGCAGUGAUGUGCAAUUGAUUUAAAUGUACACAAGUAUUGCAAUGACUACUUCAUACAGAAAAUGUAAAGCAGUUUAGCACUUGUUUUUUUUUUCUCUGGGAGGUUAUAACCAGUUAAUGCAGAACAAAUGCAGCUGCUUAACUUUCUCAAUCCUCCUUUCAAUAAAAUGUGCA